AUGGACCCCUUCGAGACUCUGACGGCGGCUCAGUCGCCGGUAGACCCGUUCGGAACUCCACCGGCGACCCCGCGCCCCGCGGCGGAUGUGGCGGAUUUCAUUAACGCAUUAUGGAGUCGCGGUGGUGCGCGCGGAGCGCGCCACUGGAGCGCCGAAGGCGCGACAGGCGGAGAGCACGCCAGCGCAGGCGGAUCAUGCUCGCUGGCAGAUGGUGGAGUCGCCGGGGUGCGCGCGGAGCGCGCCACUGGAGCGCGGACGGGCGGAGCGCGCGUCAGCGCAGGCGGAGCAUGCUCUCUGGCAGAUGGUGGAGUCGCCGGGGUGCGCGCGGAGCGCGCCACUGGAGCGCCGAAGGCGCGACGGGUGGAGCGCGCGUCAGCACAGGCGGAGCACGCUGGCACACGGUGGAGUAACAGGCGAAGCGCGGAUAAUUUUACGGUGCAGCGAAGCGCACCCACAGGCCACCUUGUACACGUAGGGCUACACAACUACAAAAACAACUACAAAAACAACUAUUCAUACGUACACGUGUACAGGUAA